GAUCCCGCAUUAUGUUGUAGCGGUGCAGCGAGAACAUCUGUCUGUGGAAUCAGUAGUGAUGCUACACAGAAGCGCAACUGACCAGCACAGUUCUUAGAGCUUGAAAGGAGACCAGGGCCAUUUGCCGGACUGUGCAGAGCUGCGUGCAAAGAAUAGCGUAUAAGCGAGACUGCACUUAAAACAGCCAAGAAAAACAAAUUGAAAAUCGGAGCAAUAGAUCAUCAUGGAUGUUGCCAUAGAUAUGUACAUAGUUACAUCGACAAUUAUAUUCACUUUAUUUGCCAUUAUCUUAGCAUCUGUAUUUCUUAAAAUGAAGUCUGCCCCAGCCGAGAAAGAACCGUGCAAGCCUGAGGACGAGGCGGACGGGGCUCAGAGUGACAAGGCAAACGCGGAGGGGGAUCCUGGAGACGGGGAGAGGUCCGAAACGGACGAAAAAGAACCGGCGACGGUAAGUCGAGAGGAAGACGUAAAGGACGAAGAGGCGAAAGGAGACGCGGCGAAGACGGAGCAGCCUGCUGAGCCGAGAGAAAAGGCAGAGACAGUCGCUGGAGGUGCCAAGGGUGUAGAGGAGAUAGGAGCCGAGGAUGGAGAGGUGAACAAGGAGCACACGCGGCAAGAAGCCGAGAAAGCAUCGGUGCGGGAAGACACGGUACUCGACGAGAGUAUUGCGAAAACGGAAAGUCAAGUACCUCAUCAUGAGGCAGAUAAGGAGGAGUCCCAGAAUACUGCACCAGCGCACGAGAAAGGUACAGCUGUGGCUGAAGAGGCGGAGGAGGUCCAGCUGUCUCUGAAGUACAGUCCUGGGAAGCUGAGGGCCAGUCAGUAUGAGAACAUGAUGACCAAAGAAGAGCUGGAGGAGGAGCAGAGAGUCCAGCGGGAGCAGCUGGCUGCCAUCUUCAGACUCCUGAAGGAGAACAAGGACACGUUCGGGGAGAUGACAGAGGGGGACGUGGAGGAACAGCUGAAGCUCUACUCCAUUUAGAAGGGCUCAGCUCACCCUUUACCGUGGAGAACAAAACAGGCAUUUUUACAUCGGUGCGGAAAAGGGUGAACCCGAAAGCUCACGUGUCCAGAACAGGGUAUACAACUCAGCUCCUGCAGGGUUGCAAGAGGACAUCUGUUUUCAGUCCUUGCCUCAUCUCAUUUAUCACUUCACCGGACAUUUUUUUUAAAAAAGCAUUAGAAGCAUUUGUUUCUUAUUACCAUCUCCAUGUGGAAUCGCCAACAUUUUUCCUACUCGGCUUUAUAGGGCCGACUCCUGUACUGCACGGGGACGGUGAGGACAGUGAGUGGGCCAGAGCCAGCUCCUACUGCGGACGUGCCCCUCUGACACGCCCAUUAGGCUCAGCCAUCAGCCGUGCUGGCUCUAUAGUGCCUUACAGGACGGUUAACGCCGAUCAGAGCAGCACUGUUUCUCUUGCUGAUGCCAAUGUUGCAGGCACCCCAUAGCUCACAGGAGAAAAGCUGCCCAACAGCUGUGCUCCUCCAGUUUUUAAAAUUUUCAUCAGAAUCAGUUCUCAACUUCCCUGAAAAAAGAAAAAAACAAGUAACCUAAGAUGUGGGCACUUGGUGGUGUGAAAAUAUUCAGAAUGGACCGGAAAAAGCUGCACAGUCAAUGUGUUCUGGCUUUUUCUUUCAGUUUUAUUCUCAGGACUUUUCUAUCGGUCAUAUAGUGUGUUAUUCUGUUAACUGUUAUUCUGUUGGUAGCGGCCUUUUCUCAUUUCGAUGAGUGUCCCUGCUGUGGCUUCUCCCCUCAGAUGUGAAGAAUUGGCACUGUGGUGCAUGAGUUCCUGUAGAAAACUGAGUUCAGGUCAUCAACCGACCUGCCACACUGCACAGUAGUGAUAAUCAGCUGCUUAUGUGAUGAAACAGGAUGUUAGGGACAGCUACACAACAUUUAAUAGUUGCACUGAUAGCUAAUUUCUCAUAGCGUUCGUACUUGGUUUUCCAGUUAUUGCUAUUUAGCUCUAAAUACCCUUUGAUCUGGAACAGUUAGUAGAAAUCUGGGUAUUACACUUGGCAGUGAUGGUAAAAUAUCAAUUGCUGAAGUCUGUUUGUUAGAUGAGUUGAAUUUUCUGUUGCACACUUUAUAUGUCUACAGUGGUUUCUACCAGUCUAAUUGCCAAUAUAUAUUGUUUUAACAAAAAAAACUAAGUUCACUGGUUCCACUUAAGACAAUGACAAAACAAAGGUACAAAUGUUUCAUUUUGUGAAUUACAGUGUCUGCUAAGCAUAGUAUGUUGUGUCAUGUUACAUUUCAACACCCUUUAUUUUUUUUAGCUCCCCAAAAUAUAUAAAAAUGAUUAUAUUUUUUUUUUACAUUCAGUGGCAAAACAUUAGGAUGUCCCAAAUCCCCCUCCCAAAUAAAUUGACUCAUUCAAGGGUUGGCAUGAUUUCAGACUCAGAUUUCCAUCAGCAAUGCCCAGAUCUUAAUCAUAUUGCAACCUACUGAAACCUGUGAAGUGUAUUAGUGUUGCAGAUAUUAUCUAGUACGUGUCACAACCUCAACUGCAAGACUGUGGGAAUACUGUAUUUCAAUAUCUUGUGAAGUAUGUGCCAAUCCUGUUCAGGUUCAAGUACUUUCCACCUACAGAGAACAUUAUAUAGCUGGAGCUGGAACUCUGUAGUUCAGUGCAUGCCUAGUGAUUUAAAUAUGUUGUAUAGUAAAACAGUAAACUGUUUUCAGCAUUAAGUAAGACGGUAAAUGCCAGUACAUACCUUCAAAUGCAAAUCAUACAGUACAUU